AAUGGACAUGUGAGAAGUUAUAAUGGCCUGCUUGUGGUCUAUCUGCUGCUGUCAUUGCUUUUGGUGCUGGAAGAAGACAUCUAGGAAAGGUUCAAGAUUCACUCCUAUAUUUUCCUGCUGCUCUAAAAAAAAGUGUACAGCAGAUGAAUGGACAACGCAUGAUUCCUUCUUGAGAAGGCAAGGAUGUCAUUCUGAGGACACCGAAUUUUCAAGCUUCAACAAGCAAGAUAUAGAAACACCAGUGAAAGAAGAAGUGGAGAUUCUUCAUGAAAGCUCACAACAACUGGAACCUGAAAUUCUCAAUUGUGCUACAGAGCGUUCGUUGUAUAAUAGAAGCCAGUCCUUUUACUCUAGAGAUGAUGAACAGGAGGAUGACAAUGUUAUAGACAAACAACAUCUGACUAAAGACUUUCCAGCACAAUCUUCCAUGAACACUAAUCCCUUAUGUGCCACAAACCCCACCCAUGCAAUUCACCAUCUUCAAAAAAGGACUGGAGAAAAAUCAACAGCGAGUGAUGGAAAUGCACUCCGAAAAAGCCUCUCCGAACACAGCAUUAACCCUGAGUUACUCGAAGACUCCAGAACUCUAGAAGGUUCCACUGUAGCUAAUUCAAAACAGGAUAUCAAAGCUUCAGGCAAGCUGUCCCUGCAGCCUCCAAGAAAGGGUACAGAUCUGACAGAUGACAGAGCAAGGGAACAUGAAAUGGCCCACGUACCAGAUGAUUAUGAGAGAGAGCAAAAAGAAAAUCAAUCUGAUUCUUUUUUAAGUGUAACCUGCAGUUCCAAUACUCCGAAGCUAACAUCUGUUGUAAUAGAAGAUGAGGAAAACGUGGGGACAGGGGAAAUAAAGUACCUGCGUCCGGACAUCGAAGAAGAUAUUUAUCGAGAUGGAGAAGAAAUUCAAAAAGAAAAAAAGAAAAAUGAGUGCCGCAUUAGUGAAGAGGAUUCAAAUGAUCAUAAGUUAGGAGUGGGACCAGAAAUGGAUAUUGUGGAAUACUGUCAAAGGGAAUGGAGAGGCAAAACAGCUGUAGCAAAAAUCAUGAAGGAGGGCUAUGAAGAAGUUUCUCACCACUUUACAUCGGUCAGACGAGUUCGUGGUGACAAUUACUGUGCCUUAAGAGCCACGCUAUUCCAAGCACUAAGCCAGACGUCGAAGCUGCCACUGUUCCUUGAUGACGAAGAGCUAUCCAAUUUGCCUGAAAAACUUAUUAAGAACUAUGACUGGAUAAAACAGUGGAGGUUCUGGCACAAACAUGAGAGCAAGAAGGUCUUCGUUCGAAUAAAACAGUACUUAGAGUUACUCAAGAAGAAGUGGGCUGAACUGAGCACGAUGAAGAUUCCAAAGGAGAAGCAAGCUGCCUGCGAUGAGAUCUUUCGGAAUGAGGAGGAGGAGUACUGCCUGUAUGAAGCGGUCAAGUUCUUAAUGUUGAAAACGGCGAUUGAUUUAUACAACGCCAAUGAGGAGGGCAAAGAGGUGCCGGUGUUUUCCUGGCUGCUGUUUGCUCGAAAUACAUCCAACAACCCUUGUGAAUUUAUGAAGAAUCACUUGAAUCAAGUGGGACAUACUGGAGGGCUUGAGCAGGUGGAAAUGUUUCUACUUGGAUAUACUUUGCAGCUCACCAUCAAAGUGUAUAGACUUUACAAAUUUGCAACUGAUGAAUUUAUCACGCAGUAUCCCAAUGACAAGCCUGACUGGCCUAGUGUGACUCUUAUAACAGAAGAUGAUCGACACUAUAAUGUCCCUGUUGGGGAGUAUGAAGAAACAAGUUUAUAAGGAACUUUACUUUCUUUUUUUCUUUUUUUAUAAUCCUACUGUUACUGCUUGGUUUAGGUUUUGUUGCUUUUGGGCCAAUUUUAAAAAGUUUUAUUUUUCAAAUAUGGCAUGCAAGAAACAUAUAAUAAAAAGUGGAUCCAAAAA